UGAGCCGAAAAUCGUCUUUAGAUCGAAAUAUUUACUGCAAAGAUACAUUUAUUGUGUUGCACAUGAAGUGGUUAGUAGGCUUAGAGGGAGCUGAUUGACCGAAGGGGGGCUUUAGGUUUCUCUGAAAMAAAUAUGCCACCAAAGAAAAAUCGGUUGGAUGAUGCAAGAAGACGACUUAAAGAAAAACUAGAUUCCAUCAAGGAACAAUCAGAAUACAUCACUCAAACUUUAACUACAGCAGUYAGUAAUGCCACACACCCUGCUWUUGAACUUUUGAAUCUUCAAGAUAAGAAGAAGUUUUUUCACAAAUACCCUAAAGUUAGUCAAGACCUUGAAAAAUGCUUGGAUUUCUUGUUAGCAUUGACUGACACUGUUGAUACAUUUGAUGAGGACGAUAGUGAUACAGGAUCUGAUGAUGCAGCUGAUUCUGAUGCCAAAGAUGAACAAAAAGAAACUGACCAGUCUAAGAGAAGGAUAGCAGCUAAAUUUACCUCAGAUACAGGUUCUGCAAAAACCACUAGAACUCAGGCAGAAGGAAAGUCAGAAACAAAUACAAAGAAACAGGCAUCUAACACUACACACCUUGUAGAUACUGRCACAAGUAACCAUGGAGAUCAUCAAGUAGACACAAACAACAGCAGUUACCAUGGUGACAACAAAAGUCAACAAAAAGUAAAUAAAACMAGUACAGAACAGGGGAAGCCCUUUCAAGAAAAACAAAAACAAUUUACAUCAAUUGGAUUUGAAGAYAUAUUAUCACAGGAGGUUGAUAUGGAGAAAGUCAAUUCUAUGGACACUAUAAAGCCAUGGGUAACUAAACGUAUCACAGAACUGUUAUUAGGUGUUAAAGAUGAUGUWGUCUUGGAGUUCAUUGAAAAAAUGCUUGAAUCAAAGAAACCUGAUCCYCAACUGAUGCAGAUCACUUUGACUGGAUUCCUUCAAGCCAAGAAUGCUCGUAUCUUCAUGGGAGAGCUGUGGGAGAGAUUAAUUAGUGCUCAGAACAAGUGCCCAUCACAAUUAACAGAGAAAAUCUCAAUAGAGAGUGGACAAGUAACAGAAAACAAACUAGAGAAAGACCAUAUGAAUGAUAAAAACACAGAAGAAAGCAGACAAGAAACAGAUGACAAACCAGCAGUAGAGAAAUAUUGUAUUAAGAAUGACAAUUUAUCAAAGCUACCAAUCAGUUCUGAGGAAAGUAUUGUUGAAAUAUCAUUACCAUUCAUAGGGAAAAAUGCAGAAGGAGGACAAGCAACAAACAACAAACUGCCACCAGAGAAAGGUCAUAUCACAAACAGUGAUUCAUCCCAGCUCAAGAUGCCCAAGGCAUUUAUUCAGAAAGGUAUAAAAAAAGACAGGAAUCAAGACAAAAAAGGACGGAGAUCUCCACCACUUCAUGUUAAAGAAGAAAAAACAUCUGUUCCAAAAAUUGUGCAACUAAAACCAUACCCAUUCAAGAGUGGCAAAUGUCUUGAAGUAGUUGUUACAGAGGUUCUCAGUCCAUGGGAAUUGUGGAUUCAACCAGCUGAUAAUGGCUUCAACUUACUCAUGGAAAAAAUGUGCUURCAUUUUGCAAAAGCUGCCGCUUCUGGUAAUAAAGGAGGACUAACAGUACCCCCCUCAGUAGGAGAAUAUUGCUGUGCUCGUUUUAUGGAUGAUGACACGUGGUAUAGAGUGAUUGUUAUUGGUAGUCAUCAGUCAUGUGACAAACCUAACCAGGGUAAUGGACGUGCAAGGAAAAGUAGUACAGGAAGCACUAGUAGUACUAGUAGUAUUGACAACCAUUAUCCAGGUCUAGAAAUCGAUGUGUUGUGUAUAGACGAUGGUAGUCGUGAUAGGUUGCCGUUAAGUAGACUAAGACGUCUUGACAGUGCCUUGGCUGAUAUUCCUUGUCAAGCUCUUUGCUGUGCACUAAAUGGCGUUCAACCACUGGUGAAAAACCCUGUGAAGUCACAAGGUGAUUCUYUGUGGAAAGAGGAAUCAAUCGAGUGGUUACGAAACAAAGUAUCUGGCGUAAAAYUGCUGGCAUAUCCCAAACGUACCGACGAUGAAGCACUAAUUAUGGUAGACCUGUACUUAACAAACAAGAARAAACAAGGUCCAGGAAGUAAUAUACCAGGAAAACAUAGUACAUUGCCAGGACUACAGUACAGCAUWGCACAUAUCAUGGUAUUAGAAGGGUUUGCUCAGCAUGUGGGGCACGUGACCGAGUCGCCAGCCAAUAGCAAAGCAAGCAGUCCCCAGUCUGUCACCAGUGAAGGGAAAUCGUCGCGCAGAAGCAGUUUGAGUGUAGCAAGCCUGCAAGAAGAGGAUAAACCUGCAUMUGACCAAAAURUCAYACARGAGCCGAGUACGGAAGCUAACAAAGGUGUCACUAAAGGAACGAAAGAUACSAAGGUAGUGCAAGACAAACAUGACUCUAAAAGCAAAGGAGCAACAAAGAAAACGUCAGAUAAACGUUCGARUCGUAAUGCUGAGACAAACGCACCACAACAACGACAUUUCACCAAAGGCAAAGAAGGUACAGCAAAGGGAUCACAAGUAAAAKACGUCACCAAAGACAAAGGAAGAUCUUCAAUCAGCACUGACGCAAAGCUAGCCAAAGAUAUUGACRCAAAACCGACUGAUCAGCCUUCAGAAAAYAUUGUAAAAGAUGAGCCUUUGGAACAACGUAUCGAUGAGAAAAAAACGACUGAAGUCAGGUAUCAAGAGAGCCACGAAAGUGAAACGCAAGACGUAGACAGAGMGUCACCCAGAUAUCCCCCAGAAGGCAGUAGCCAUACUGACUCCAUUAAGGAUCUCKCCGAUUCCAUCCAGCGUCAAGAUGAGUCGUUGUUYCUUCAAGUAAUGAUGUCAGAGGUCGUYAAUCCCAGUGAGUUUUAUGUUCAUCUUAUUACWCCUGAAGCUGUUCUUCUUGGUGAACUAACAGAAGACUUGGAAUCUUACUACAAAGAUUCAGAUAUCAAGUCCAUGCCAGAAGACUACCGUCUCAGUGUUGGUGAUUUCUGCUGCGCGAAAUUCUCCAAAGACAACAUGUGGUGUCGGGCUAAAGUCCUUGAAGUACAAGUAUCCCCGUCGGGGGAUGGGGACAGUGAGCUUGUUGCAAAUAUCUACGUGUUCUAUGUCGACUAUGGAAACUGUGAGUGGGUUGCUAUGGGUGAUACGAGACCUUUACUUGCCAAGUUUAUGAUGCUUCCUGGAUUUGCUGUUAAAAGCCGAUUAGCUGGUGUACAGCCAGUAGCCAUUCMAGAUACUGAAGCUCCAGCCUCUACCAAUGAAGUUCCCGAUGAACAAAAAGACUUAGAUAGUGAACAAAAUCAAAGCAAAAAUCCURGUAWUGUCAAASAAGAUGAAAGUUCCUSUUGUGCAAAGCCAGCUACAAACGACUCAAAWACUAAACAACCAUUGAGAAAGUUCACUAAAGGAAAAAGARGCAAGAAGAACCAGAAACUACCGCUCCAUGACAGGAAUGUUGUACUACGAGCAGCUGGUGACGAAUCUGGAGACAGCGAGCUCAGCGAUGGCGGGUUAAUCUUUGACUCAGCUAAGGAUGAAGAGAAAGACAUGACAUCAAAAGAAGGAGACGAACCUGCUUUACCAGAAAUGUACCUAGUAGCCAGUCCUGACAAAAGCCAGUCACCAGAUAUCACUAGUACCAUUACCAGGAAGCCAGAGUGGACUGAGGAAGCGAUAGAGUUGUUUAAAGGUUUGACAGGAGAUGAUAAGCCUUUAAGAGGCAUCAUGGUACCAWGGGACUCAACAACUUAUCAACAGGUUUACUACCCAGCAGCAAGCUAUUCGUUUGUGGAUAUAACUUACCAGCGUCCAACACUGGUUCUUCAACUGUACGACACAACAGGCGAUGAAGAUGUUGAUAUCACACAAAUCAUGGUGGAAACGGGACUUGCAGAGCUUGUGGACGAGAACAGUCAAGGAGGUAAGAUAGACCGUGAGAAUAUUGCCAGAGUGCUACACCUCUCUGUGAACGACUUGGAGAACACAGCCGACCAACUGGAUAAAGAAGGUAAGAAUUCCUCGCCAUUGGUCAAUAGUGAUUCUGACCCUGAAGAUGAUGACAUGAUGAAGUUCUUCAAUCCAAUGAUGGAUGAUUACAAGUCUUCGAGAAACGCUUAUGGAAUCGAUACAAAUGAUCCUGACAUUGCAAUCCAUGGAUUCAAGCCAAUUGAAACUCAAUAUUGUAAAUUUUAUCGAUCUGCAAAGUCACGAUGUUGGAGAGGAGAAAACUGUCCAAUGUUGCACGUCAAAGAAGGUGAAGAUGCUACUGUACGAGUUCAAGCAUUCUGUAAUAACAAUGAUUUCACGGUGGAUCUUCCCAGGGUCAACUCUUGGAUCGGUGUGCGUGUUACUGCUGUUGUUAAUCCGGGUCAUUUCUGGGUACAGUUUCCUUGUGGCUCUGGUCCYAUCGAGAAGAAAAUCAUUGAAGAAAGAUUGGGUUUAAUCACAAAUGAAGAUCACGAAGAGGAGGAYUUUGAURCCAUGUCAGAAAGAAUGAAYAAAUUUUAUACUCGCAAUAUCUUCCGUGAGUCGAACACAAUCCUCCCUGCCCCUGGUGAGCUGGUUGCAGCCAAGUAUACACAGAAYGAACAAUGGUACCGCGCAUGCGUGUUAGAUGUUAAAGAAGAARCUAUUAAAGUGUCAUUUGUUGACUACGGCAAUAGCGAGUGGACAGAGGCUGCCAAUGUAAAACGUAUGCUACCUCAGUUUCUGCACAUGCCRUUUCAAGCUGUGGAGUGUUUCCUUGGUAACAUUGAGCCAGUUGAGAAUGRAGAAUGGACCCAGGAAUCCAUAAAUGUUUUUGAGUCACUAACGCAAGACAAGCUGUUAAUAGCCCAUGUUUUAUCCAUUUCCUGGAAUAAUACCAUGUGGUUGGAAUUGUUUGACACUCAAACUGAGCCUGAAAUUAAUAUCAAUGAAGAAAUGAUCAAACACGGCUUUGCCUGUGAAAGUCAGGUCAAGAUAACCAUUCCACCUAGUCCAGGCAGUCAAUCUAGUACUGGCAGUCCAGACRCAUCUGACUGUGAGAUUGUCUUUGUUCCUGGCUGAUUUUCUGGCAAGUGAAGACUUCAAGUUAAGACAAGAUGUAUUUCUAGUGGAGUAACAUUGGAGAAGAUACGUGUAUUGUUCCUGGAUGCUGUUUUGGUCAUGUCCCUGGAAAAGAAAUGUUUGUCUAUAUACUACAGUAUAGAAUGUUUCUUAUUGUUUUUGCAGACUGGCAUUAUGAAGAAUAUAUUGAAAAUGUUAAAGUUAAUGUUUGUCUGAAAUGUUGUACAUUGAAGAACAAUUGGUUUAGGUUUGUUUGUUUAUUGGACUUUUGUUAAUAGAAAGUGGAAUGUUUCCUGGGUUAUGAUKGUCAGUAAGCCAUGAACAUAAGAAAAUAUUGUCUAAGAAACAACCCUAUUGACACAUUGAAAGAAUAAAAUACUAUUUCUUAAAA